AUGACGGUGCCUCUUUCUGAUGCCGUCAACGUUUGUGAUCCCGUCAACACACCGAAAUCUCAACAUGAAUGGAAAGCUGUUGCUGUAGAAUUUCAGCGAAAAUUGCACUUCCCCCAUUGUUUGGGAGCAUUGGAUGGAAAACAUGUUAAAAUAUUGGCACCAAUUCAUAGUGGUAGCGAAUACUAUAACUACAAAAAAUGCUUUAGCAUAGUAAUGAUGGUUAUAGCAGACGCUCAUUUUAACAUAAUAUAUGCCAACGUGGGAGCUCAGGGCAGGAUUUCCGACGGCGGUGUUUUUAGGCAGACGGCUCUUCACCACAACAUCGCAGCAAAUACUGCCGGCCUACCUGAGGACGAGUCUUUGCCAGGACAGUCCAUCGCAACACCAUACGUCUUGGUCGCCGACAAAGCAUUUGCUUUAUCGAAGCAUUUGUUGAAGCCCUAUCCCGGACAUCCAACAGACCAAUCAGAAUCAACAUAUAACUAUCGGCUGUGCAGAGCUCGAAUCGUUAUUGAAAAUGUUUUUGGAAUUUUGGCAUCAAAGUUUAGGGUUUUCGCUAGCCCAAUAGGAUUACAACCGGCAAAAGUGAAACAGGUU